AUGCAGGAUGAAGAACUCUAUACCUCUCUUCAGUGGGACACUCCAACACCACACCCUUCCCAGAAACAUCAGUCUUCCACCAAAUGUUCAGGAUCAUGGUGUCUUAUGAUGGUGAUAGCCUGUGUUUUCUGCCUGGGCUCAUUAACUGCCUCCGUUUUCUUGGGUAUUAAGUUGUUCCAGGUGUCAGCUAUUGCAAAGAAGCAGCAAGAAAAACUCAUGCAACAAGAGAGAGCGCUGUUGAACUUCACACAAUGGAAGACAAGUCAUGACUUCCAGAUAAGAUAUUGCCAAACCUUGAUGCAAAACUCUUUCAGAUCAGCUCCUUGUCCAGACAACUGGAUUCAGAAUGGAGAUAGUUGCUACCGUGUCUUUGAAACUUGGAAAAUUUGGAAAAAUAGUAAAGAGGAUUGUUUGAAGGAGGGCUCUCAUCUUCUACAAAUAGAGAGCAAAGAAGAAAUGGACUUCAUCGCUGGCAGCCUGAGAAAGAUCAAAAGUGGCCAGGAUUACUGGGUGGGGCUUUCUCAGGAUGGACCCAGCCAACCUUGGCUUUGGCAAGAUGGCUCCACUCCAUCCCUUGACCUGUUACCAAUAAAGAAAGCCCAAUCAACUCACCAGCUCUGUGGAUACUUCAGAGACAAGGUUCUUUUUCCCACUAACUGUACCGCUUGGAAAUAUUUUAUCUGUGAGAAGUACACAUUAAGAUCCCCUGCCUGA